GUGCUGAAUGAAAAAGAGACGUAUCAGGUGAAGUUUCCCCCCCCCCCCCCCCCAUGGAAAGACUUUUGUUGUUUUUCUAGCAUUUAGACAACGGAGAUGAAUCAGUUUGACGGAUACUGCUGCGCGUAAAAAGUUGUGGAUGGUUACUUUUACGCAUACACAUUUAAGGGACUAUUUUAUCUUCACACGUGGCAGUAUAACAAGAGACCUGGUGACAUUUUUCCCUCUGCAAAAAUACCGCCAACAAGCAGACUGGAAGACCAUCCACACCGGAGAACACCGCGGAUCCGCAGAGCGCAGAUGAUCGCAACUGGUGUUUGUGGAGUAGCGCUGGUGCUGGUGUUGGUGGUUCUGAUCCCGGUCCUGGUGAACACCGCCGGGACUCCUGCCCGCUAUGAGAUGCUCGGCUCCUGUCAAAUGGUGUGUGACUCCCACGGGACAGCGGCGACCGCCACGGCGAAGGCAACCAACCCGAUUAAAGACAACCGCCUGGCACAGUCGCUGCCGACGUUCAUCCAAGGUCCUCAAGGUGAGCCUGGGCGCGUGGGAAGAAUGGGUCCGAGGGGUCCGGUAGGCGAGCCUGGACCCCCUGGAUCUGUUGGUCCUCCCGGAGAGAGAGGGGCACCCGGCCCUCCCGGUCUACCCGGGUCCCCCGGAGCAAAUGGACCAAAUGGUGCCAUCAGCGCUGCCACCUACAAUACUAUCCCAAAGAUCGCGUUUUACGCCGGACUGAAGAAGCAGCACGAGGGAUAUGAAGUGUUGAAAUUCGACGAUGUAGUCACAAAUCUUGGCAACCAUUACGACCCCGCUUCAGGGAAAUUCACCUGCUCAAUACCCGGGAUUUACUUCUUUGUUUACCAUGUGCUGAUGCGAGGCGGAGAUGGGACCAGCAUGUGGGCUGACCUUUGCAAGAACAACCAGGUGAGAGCCAGUGCCAUCGCCCAAGACGCCGACCAGAACUACGACUACGCCAGCAACAGUGUCGUCCUGCACCUGGAGCCCGGGGACGAGAUUUACAUCAAGCUCGACGGAGGGAAGGCGCACGGGGGCAACAACAACAAAUACAGCACGUUUUCCGGCUUCAUGUUGUACGCUGAUUGAAACAGAAAGGGGAAACAGCUCGCUUCACUGCUCAUGCUCGAUUCCAUGUCAGUUGGAUUACAAAAGACAGAGCUCAACAUUUGAAUAUUGAAAAAAAAAAAAAAAGGAGGAGGAUGUGGAGGACGUCGUGCGUAAAAAACAAAACAAAACUGUACCUCAGUGUAAUUUCAGAAUAUUAUCACGGAUUAUAAAAUGUACAGCAAUGAAAUGUAACCCUGUCAAACUCAAUAAGUGUCGCUAUUGCACCCUGAAUGAACUGCUUAGCUUUAAAAUAAUAAGUCUGCUGAUGUGUCAAACAUGCUGUGGCUGCACCUGCUGAGAGAAAGUUUUAAUGAAUUGACCUGAGACAUUCAGUUAAACGAUACAUAAUCACCACCAUGUCCCAGUGAAGGUAGUCCAUGCGUGCUUUAUUUUUUAACAUAUUUAAGAGUGGUCACAUUUUUUGAGUGACAUGUAAAAGCGGUAUUGAUGCAUGAUUAUAAAAGUGACAUUUAAAAACUUUAUAAGAUACUGUUUAGGGCCAUUCUGAUGUUUUUUUUUUGUCUGAAGAAAAUCACUGAAACUCAUUUUCUUGUCUCCAUAUAUGACAGCUGCAUGGUUUGGGCACCAGGGCGGUCUCGGGGUUAGUCAUACUGUAUAUCUGCCUGCUGAUUGUGAAGCCCCUCUGUAUAAGACCGUGUUAAAAUAAUGUGUAAAACUCCA